AUUAUAACAAUAACAUCAAUAGUAAACUGAGUAAUAAUUGUCAGUAUUGCAAUAUAUUUAAAAAAUUUAUUUACAAAUUGCAAUUAUAAAGAUAAUUGGCGUACUUUGUUUAAAUAAUUGAAAUGAUAAUCAAUAGUGGAAAUUUAAAUUAUAAUCUUGGUGCUCCAUAUGAACUCUAGACACGCGACUCGAAGUUUAAACUUUUUAUUGUGAGUACAAAAAAGUUUAAAAAUAAAAAAAAGUGUAGUGAUGAGGUAACUUCUCAAAGCGGGAGUCAGUCACAGUAUUUUCUAUUCACAUGCUGACUUGAUAAAAAGUAUUUAAAUUAUACUUAUCACAAAUCCAAGUAAAAAGUAACGAAUAACAAAAAUGGGCAAGUUACCAUUUUUGUUUUUGAUGGUUGCAUCUUUAAUAAGUUACGAGACCAAUGCUGUUCCACUUAUGGAUAUUUCAGCAAUGGCCAGUGCCGCUAGAGGAAUGAUCGGCUCAAUAACGGAGUCCAUAGCACCGGGUCAUAAUAAAUACAAAGACCCGUUUGCGCAAAGUAACGAAACCCAGAAGACAAUCCAGGAAAUAAAAAAUAUGAUACGUGAACAAGGUUCCAUUUAUGAAAAAAACAUUGGAUUGGUUCAUAAUAUAAAUACUAAAUUAGAGAAAGUAGGUUUAGAUAUAUUCGCAUUAGAUAAUGACGUUUUAGACAAACUGUCGUUAGCCGACCGAACAGAAGUUAAAUUGAACAAAGUUUUGGUUAAGUCUGAUCACAUUAUUCAAACAUUGCCCUUAUUGACUGAAUCCAUUAAAGACAUGAUGUCGGAAAUGGUGCAAAAUUUUUUUAAAACGCUAGAAAAUGAUCAACAAUACCAGGAAGCUUCUGCGCAAUUAGCAAAGCAUACUCAACGCAUAGAUUUUCUGUGGGGUCGGUUCAACACAAUUCGUAAUACAUCAUAUUCAUUCACACCCGAGACAUAUGAGAUAUUUUAUACUACAGCAUUGUCACAAGAAAAAAGAUCAAUACCAGAUACUCUUAACCAAAUGUUACUUUUAGUAACUCCUGGUCAAAAAACAGCCUUUCUUUAUGAUGGAUUCCUCAAAUUUUUCGCUUUCAAAGAACAGUUGGACUCAUUCUCAGAUAAGUGUGAUGUUCCUGAUACAUAUCAAGAUCAAUUGAAGAGAAUUUACAACAUGAUUUCUAUUUCCGAAUAUCGUGCAUUAGUUAUGCUAACAGUUGCCACUCUUCAAGAUGAAGUUAAAACAGGACAAAGCGCACACAAUGAUCUUGAAAGAAUAUAUAACGGGUAUGUUGAGCGGAAUUCAAAAUAUUUGAGCGCAAUGAAAACUGCUAUGGCACACGCAUCGACUGAAAUAAUGAGGUGUGAUCCUCCUCAAGCUUUAUUAGAUGUUAACUCUUUUUCAUUGACAUAUUUUCUUGGAUCGUACUAUGUAAGUACUGAUCAAAUUGGUAUGAGAUGUAGUGAUAAAUGCGAGGAUAUCAAUACAAUUAAUAAAAUAGCAUGUAAAACAGAUCUUAAACAGUAUGCAGAUGUGAAUGUCCGUAGUUAUUGUCCAAAGCGACCAUGCUAUGGCAGGCUACACAGCUGCAAGAUCAAAAACUCAUACCAAUUUUGUGAAGCUAAUGAAGGAACAGGACGUAGAUAUUGGUGGAUAGAGAAGUCAGUGAAUCAAGAGCGCCGUAAAUCCUGCGAUGGACGAUUUGUUGAUACGAUGAGCGGAUCAGCAUGUGUAGAAUGUAUGUGUGAGUGUGCUGAAGAAGGUGCUGAAUCAACGGCAACACGUACAUUUAGUUUGAUGCCACAAUAUGCUGAUAUUAAGAAUAAUAUGGUCGUCUCAAAUGUAAGACUUCGUAAAAAGGACAACGUUGUGCAAAUUCAAAUAGAGCAAGCUCCUCUAAGACCUGGUGGCACGAUAGACCGUGACAACUCUUCUUGGGUACCCCUAGAUAAAUUAGUAUACAGCCAAAACGUACCAGAAGGUGCAUUCUGGAAAAUAAAAGACGGCAAAAAAAUUGGACUUGUUUACGAUGAGGAUUACACUUAUCUGCGUCACAACCGUAAAACCUUAUUCCUUGAUGAUGUUGCCGUAGAAAAAGAUUACAUUGUUACUGGCGUUCGGUUCCGUAACUCGAAAGCAAAUAAUGCCGAUGGUUCGUGGAAUUCAAGCCCAAUACAGUUGGAAGUAAUGGCGACAAGGUUUGACUAUCAAAACGGCAUAUUGACUCCAGACAAGAACGAACCGUUCAAGGCAAUUGUCGCUGACGAAAAAACGCAAAAGGGUAAACGAUAUUAUGGAACAGGAAGGAGUACAGUAAAACUUACGAACGGCCAAGAUCCUUUGAAAAGUUCGAAAAAUGAAGAGAUUUCUCAUCCCAACCAAGAAAUUUCAUUUAGAAGAUCGAGUAAAAGCGAAUUAGGUCAAUUGACAAUCCCUUACUUUGAUUCACGUCCUGCCGCUAGCUCGAGCUUCAUACCACUGAGUGGUGUUGGAAUUUUCCAUCGUGGAGCUAGAAAUUAUGGAGGAUUCAUAGCCCCUAAAUUAAUUGGUAUCGAUCAUUCGCAAUACGUUGAGUCGAAAUCGACUAACCUGCCAAGACUAUACUAAGGGCGAUGUUGUGUAUAAAUAAAAAUUUAAUGAUUGACAAUAUUCAAUUGAGUUAUAUUGACUUGUAUUAGUAAAUGUUUUUAAAAAAAUAUUUAUUAUAAAUGUCAUGGAAUUUUGGAAUCAUAUUGUUAAUAAAGAGAAAUGGAAAUUUUA